GCAGCAGUUGCACUCUGUCUUGCUACAGAAUGGGUGGCCUGUGCAAGCGGGACCAACACCACAGGGUUAGAGAAAAUCAAGCAUUUUGUCUAUUUCAUGCAAGAAAACCGAUCCUUUGACCAUUACUACGGCACCAUGGCAGGAGUGCGAGGAUUUAACGACCCUAAUGUCGGCAUCCAAAGCAAUGGCAAUAGCUUGUAUUACCAACCAUAUCUGCUUAGUACUGACUGGCGCAAUGGAGCCGGAUAUAUUUUGCCAUUUCAAUUCACCGGAAAUCGAGCUGGAUGCACCGCUGGAGGAAGUAAUGGGUGGUUUCCAAACCAUCUUGCUCUCAACGGUGGCAAAAACAAUAAUUGGCCAAUGGGAAAUAGCCCCAUGUCCAUGGGAUACGAAACAAGAGACCAAUUGCCAUUUCACUUUGCUCUUGCCGAAGAGUUCACCAUAGCUGAUAUGUAUUUCCAAUCAGUCACUGCCUCUACUAACCCUAACCGUGUUGUUUGGAUGAGUGGUACCAAUUCCGGUAGGCAUAUUUACCCUGGUGGCUAUUCCUUGCAAGACAAUACCGAAUCGCCAACAUUGAAGUGGAGCACCUAUCCUCAAAAUUUGACCACAGCCGGUGUUAGUUGGCAAGUGUUCCAAGACAACGAUAAUUUUGACGAUGACCCGUUGAAGUGGUUCCAAUAUUGGAGUGCUCUCCCAGAUGGAGUAGAAAAACAAAAGGGUCUUGGAUUUCUAGGAAUUGCAGAAUUCCAAGCUCGUGCGGCUAACGGAACUCUUCCUCAAGUCAGCUACAUUGUUGGCGCCACAGAACUCUCUGAGCAUCCAGAUAACUGUCCUUCAGCCGGUGCCUGGUUGCAAAGACAGGUGGUUGAAUCUGUCAUGAACUCUCCGUUGUGGGAAUCAACUGCUCUUAUUAUCAACUAUGACGAAUCUGGAGGUUUUUACGAUCACGUUAUACCUCCCCAAGCUCCUAAAAGCGAGUGGCAGCCUGUAGCGCUCGAAUUGGGUACCAAAUCAUCGCCUGGUCCUGGACCAAGAGUACCAUUUAUCUGCAUCAGUCCUUACUGCAGAGGAGGAAACGUUUUCACAGAGGUGUCUGACCACCGCAGCACAUUGAUGCUAUUGGAAGAAUGGAUCGGAAAGGAUAACAAUGGCGGUGUUCGUGCUCCUGCUGGAUUGAUUUCUCCAUGGGCAAGACAAACUAUGUCGUCACUUCUCAACCUCUUUGACUUUGAGAACCCUGAUUUCUCUAUUCCCAACUUGCCUGAUGUUGCCACUCCACCCAAAGACAGUUCUGGAAACUGGGAUCCCACUGAAAUGUGCGAAAAUUUGACGGAUCCAAAGAGCUCGCCUCCAUAUGGAAAGCAGAAAAUGCCUGUAGUAGAGAAGGGUAGCAAGCGCCUGCGAGGAUAUUUGACAGAAGGUCGAUACCUUGUUUUC